AUGCUUGCAGUGUUUGUCCUAUUUAGUUAACUGUUGGUUUGUGAACGGACCCCAAAUCGCACAUUAAUAGAGUGUAAUGAUUUUUGUAAUUGAUUUAAUUAUUUUUAGCCAGAUUUUGCUUGACAUGUAAACUAAUAUUAUUUUUAAUUACAAAAACUUUGUUUACGCCUUGUAUAAGUUUGUUGCUGAUGUUUAUUCCAUGGUAUGUAUAUUUAUGAGCUUGUUCUAAAAUCAUAUUUUUAAAUUCCCUCUCUCUUUCACUUUCACUUUUACUCACUUACUCACUCACUCACUUGUUUUAAUAAAACAUUACGUUCAGUCUAAUGGGAGAAUGUCGAGUAUUUAAACAUCUUAAAAAACAAUUUAUGUGGAUAGUUUUUAAGUCCACUGAUAAAAUUACAUGCAUUUGACAGCAGUAAAAUAUUUUUAGACGUUGCAAUGCAACUAACGAUUUAGAUCGCGAGAUGUCAGUGUAAACCUAGAGAAAGACUCGUGACGUCAAACGAUUGCUCUUGGGUUUUUUUUUUUGUUCCGCCUUCUCAGUUUAUUCGUGUGUUUUCUCAUUUUCCGCACCGAUGCUGUAAGAUUUGUCAGGAUUGAGUACAGCGUAUUUCUAUUGUCUGACUGGUUUUCAGCGUAAACGUGAGCAACGAUGGAACUAUACAACAUAUAUUUAUAGAUUGAUCUUGAAAUUGUGUUGGAAUGGAUUUUUGUAAUAUUGGAAAAAUGGAACAAAGAAGACGCUCUCAUCAGCUGGAGCUGAAUGCAAAACUCGCUUUCAUUGCUGUAUCGCUGUUGUUUGGGAGAGCAGUUUGGGCACAAAUACGGUACUCGAUCUCGGAGGAGCAGAAGGACGGAGCUGCUGUGGGAAACAUCGCGAAGGAUUUAGGUAUUGAUCCCAGAACACUAAAGGAGAGGGGAUUUCGCAUCGUCUCGACUUCAGGCGAGUCAAUGUUCAGUUUAAACCAGAAUGACGGCGUCUUGUAUGUGAACGGUAAAAUAGAUAGAGAAGAGGUGUGUGAGAGGAGCACCCCGUGUUUAAUCAAUCUGAAAAUCGCUCUAGAAAACCCACUAGAAAUCCACUAUGUAAUUGUAGAGAUAUUAGAUGUAAACGAUCACAGUCCACUGUUUCCCGAGAAUGAAAAGCGGCUGGAGAUUUGGGAAUCUGCUCUGCCAGGCGCGCGAUAUCCUCUACAGGCAGCGCGCGAUCCAGACAGUGGAAGCAAUUCGGUUCAGACCUACAAACUCAGCCACAACGACCAUUUCCGUCUUGAAAUUAAAGAUCGAGAAGAUGGUAAAAUUCCUAUUCUGAUUUUACACAAGCCACUUGACAGAGAAGUGACGAAAAACAUAAAAUUAGUAUUAGCUGUUUUUGAUGGGGGGAGACCUCCUAAGUCUGGCUCAAUAAAUAUAUUGAUUGAUGUGCUGGAUAUAAACGAUAAUGUGCCUGUUUUUACGAAAGAGUCUUACACUGUUGUAUUGAAUGAAAACGCUCCUGUAGGCACAACAAUUGCACAGGUUAAUGCCACUGAUUUGGACGAGGGUCAAAACGGACAAGUAGUUUAUGCAUUAGGAAAUAACGUUAAUGAUAACUUGCGUGAACUUUUCCAAGUUAAUCCAGUCACUGGAGAAAUUAUUGUGACUGGUGUUUUAGAUUUUGAGGUCAAAGAUAUAUAUGAAAUUGACAUUCAGGCAUCUGACAAAGGAAUUGUGCCUCUUGCGACGGAUAAAAGCGUAAUCAUAAAAAUCGUAGAUGUAAAUGAUAAUGCACCGGAAAUAGAGGUCACAUCAUUUUCAAGCGCCAUUCCAGAGGAUUCCAGACCUGGUACUACAGUGGCUUUGAUAAGCGUCACCGAUUUAGACUCUGGGCUUAAUGGAAAAAUCUCUUGUUCAAUAUCCGAUGAUAUACCUUUUAAACUAAUGCCGUCAUCACACGAUAAUAUUUAUUCUUUAGUUACAUCUGGAGUACUUGACCGAGAAUCGAAAUUUCAAUAUGACAUAACAUUAGUUGCAAAAGAUGCUGGACAACCAUCGUUGUCUACUAUUAAAACUAUAACAGCUCUGAUAUCAGAUGUAAAUGACAAUAUACCGGAAUUCUCAUUUUCUCCGUAUGCGUUUUAUGUGAUGGAAAACAAUGUUCCAGGCAAAUGUUUAUUUUCUGUGUCUGCUACUGACAAAGACUCAAACGAUAACGCUAUAAUCAGCUAUCAAAUAUGGAGAGAAAGUAGUGAGGAAAAUAAAUAUACGUCUUUCAUUAAUAUUAAUUCUGAGAAUGGGGAGAUUUAUGCACUUAAGAGCUUUGAUUUUGAAACUGUUAAAACCUUCCAGUUCCACGUUCUCGCUACAGACUCUGGAACUCCAUCUCUGAGUAGUAACGUGACAGUGAACGUGUUCAUUCUGGAUCAGAACGACAACGUUCCAGUGAUCUUAUAUCCAGUCAGCGCUAACGGUUCUGCUGAAGGUGUGGAAGAGAUUCCUCGUAAUGUGAACGCAGGUCAUUUGGUGACUAAAGUCAGAGCCUAUGACGCAGAUAUAGGAUACAACGGCUGGUUAUUAUUUUCACUGCAGGAAGUUACUGACCACAGUCUCUUUAGUUUGGACCGCUAUACAGGACAGAUAAGGAGCCUUCGCUCAUUCACAGAAACAGACGAGGCCCAGCAUAAACUGCUCAUACUGGUCAAAGACAAUGGGAACGUUUCACUCUCAGCAACAGCGACUGUGAUUGUCAAAGUUGUGGAGCCCAAAGAGGCUUUUGCAGCUUCUGAUGUGAAAAACACAGUAAAAGAUGAGGAGGAAAACAAUGUCACACUUUAUUUGAUCAUCACUUUGGGCUCGGUUUCAGUGCUUUUUGUCAUCAGCAUCAUCGUGUUGAUUGUAACGCAGUGCUCUAAAUCGACAGACUAUUCGUCCAAGUAUUUACAGGACACAAAUUACGACGGGACACUGUGUCACAGCAUCCAGUACAGAUCUGGAGACAAACGGUACAUGUUAGUUGGACCCAGAAUGAGUAUCGGCUCUACUAUAGUCCCAGGCAGUAAUGGAAAUACUCUAGUCAUACCUGAUCGCAGGAGGAGAGAUUCUGGAGAGGUAAGCAAAUGGCUUAUGCAUCUGUGUAUUACAGUAGCUGUAAGAUGCUGGCUGCUGUCCGUGGUACUGAACAUGCUCAGGCUGUUUUUAAAAGGAACAUUCUUAGUGUCAACCUCUUUCUCAGGUCCAGAUUUAUUAGACUUAGGAUUCACAUUACUAAAGCACAUCAAUAUUAAAUAAAGAAACAUACAGCCAAUGGAGAAAGAUGCUUACUAUAUGUAAGAUUGGGGCCUGUUGAUACAGAGCAAUUCUGUUAUUUAGAGUGCAGUGCAGUCUUUUGCCAGGUCUGUCUGUGCCUGUCCAUCUCUGUGGCGAGGUUGUUCACUUGGUCUGUAAAUGGUCAGGACUUGAUUUAGUUUAGGAUUGAUCCUGUGGUCAAGUAUUCCAGCAUUUGUAUGUUCUCUGUUUAGUGACAUAAAUCAUUUCAAUUUGCUUUGAGCUGAUGCUUCUGUCCAAUGUUUUUCUUUUUUUUUUUUUUUUUUUUUUUUUUUUGGAUUUGGAUUUGGAUUUGGUCAUCUGGG